GACCGGACCCUGCGGGUCGCCCUCUGUCGGUCAGUUCGGUCACUGCAGCAGGAGCGGCAACGGAACAUCACACCAGAACCGAGCCGAACCGAUAUCACUCUGAAGUCAUGUCCGACGACGAGAAGCUGCCGUCUGGAUGGGAGAAGCGCAUGAGCCGGAGCUCAGGUCGUGUUUAUUACUUCAAUCACUCCACGAAUGCGAGUCAGUGGGAGCGGCCGAGCGGAUCAGGGGCCGACGGCGUGAGCGAGGUGGAGAAAGUGCGCUGCUCUCACCUGCUGGUCAAACACAACCAGUCACGCCGGCCGUCCUCCUGGAGAGAGGAGAACAUCACACGCAGCAAAGAGGAGGCGCUGCAGCUCAUCCACAAGUACAUCGAACAGAUCAAGUCUGGCGAGGAGGACUUUGAGAGCUUGGCGUCUCAGUUCAGCGACUGCAGCUCGGCGAGGAACGGAGGAGACCUGGGCUUGUUUGGCAGGGGUCAAAUGCAGAAGCCGUUUGAAGAUGUCUCGUUCGCGCUGAAGGUUGGAGACAUGAGCGGCCCUGUGUUCACCGACUCAGGAGUUCACGUCAUCCUGAGAACCGGAUAACCGUAUUCCCCCUCCGUCACGCCUUCACUCGUUCAUCCCGCAGAUAACACACAUUACACACACUAUCCCAGGAUUCCUUAUCUUAAUCUGUUUCCCUGAAAAACCUCACUUGGUUUGUCAAAGCUGCACGUUAAGUCCAUUCGAUAUUUCAGUCAGUGUACAUGUUACAGAUCCCUUUUGACAGGCUGCGAAUCCCGCAUCUCUACCCAGCAUUCCUUCAUCCGGCUCGGCUAAACGCUGGCAUGAUCUGCUGAACGUCACAGGACCAGCUCUGAUGAUGGACAGUAGACGAUCGUAUGACAGAUAUCCAAAAAAUGACCAAUAAAAUAUGCCAUGUCACUAAA